AUGGCACAAGGAGAGUACAGCUGUCCUGUUAGCAUCAGGAUCGGGUCGGAUCACAGUUUGUUUACAGAGAUCAGUGUUUGGUACCACCGUAAGUACCACCGUAAGUACCACCGUAAGUACCCCUGUAAGUACCACCGUAAGUACCACCGUAAGUACCACCGUAAGUACCACCGUAAGUACCACCGUAAGUACCACUGUAAGUACCACUGUAAGUACCACCGUAAGUACCACCGUAAGUACCACCGUAAGUACCACCGUAAGUACCACCGUAAGUACCACCGUAAGUACCACUGUAAGUACCUAGAAUACCACCGUAAGUACCACCGUAAGUACCACCGUAAGUACCCCUGUAAGUACCACCGUAAGUACCACCGUAAGUACCACCGUAAGUACCACCGUAAGUACCACCGUAAGUACCACUGUAAGUACCACCGUAAGUACCACCGUAAGUACCACCGUAAGUACCACCGUAAGUACCACCGUAAGUACCACCGUAAGUACCACUGUAAGUACCUAGAAUACCACCGUAAGUACCACCGUAAGUACCAUCGUAAGUACCCCUGUAAGUACCACCGUAAGUACCACCGUAAGUACCACCGUAAGUACCACCGUAAGUACCACCGUAAGUACCACCGUAAGUACCACCGUAAGUACCACCGUAAGUACCACUGUAAGUACCUAGAAGUACCACUAGGCAUUAAUCAUCGUAGCAGCACCAAGGUCAGCUCUCCUCUCAUGUGUGGGAGGCAGCGCGCACCAAUGCCCCGCUACCGAGGGCCAGCCGCGGCAAUCUGGCGUCAAGAGGCAGGACACGCGUGUGACAAGGUGAACGGGGCAGGAAAGGAGGGUGGGGUAGCGGGUCGGAUUAGUGUUGACCUCCGCGGGGCGUGGCCGGUGAAGAGUGCCACUCAAAGGUGUUAG